CUGGAGCCGAGCUGAGACCCUGGGCUCUGGGCUUCGAUUCUGCUUUCCUCCACGAGCAGCCCCCUGCCCAGCUCGGGGUCGUCCCAGCCCCCCACUCCCCCCUGCAUCCCGGAGACUCUCUGGAACCCCUUCCCGGGGCCGCGGGUGCGUCGCCGCCGGUAUCGCUUUUGUUUCCAGCAGAGGAGCUGCUGCCGCUCCCGGCGCUCAGGGUGGGAGGCACCAGGGGUUGGUGUUUUUGGGGGGGAGUUCGUCGCUGAACCCCCUCCCCCAGGUGACAGUAGAGGAGCUCCCUCUCCCCUCCCCCCCUUGCAUCCAUCCUACCGCUCUCCGCCGGCCGGCAUCGCCCUGGGUGCCCCCGGGACCGAGGGGGGAGGGCUCCAUCACGCUGCUCCCAAUAUGUCACUGCUCAUCUCUGUCCCCUCCCCACGGGACCCGGGUGGCUGCCCCCGGCUGCGGGCACAGCGGGCGCUGGGGGGGAUGCUGAGGGGACCGCGGGAGCUGGGGCUGCAGCGAGGCUGCGGCGUUCCGCAGGCAGCGGGAGCGGUGCCCAGCAGGGAUCUCUGCAUCCCCCCCAGCCCUGGCAUCGCCGGGGUCCUGUCACCAAGGGCGAGGGACCGUAGACACGGAGCCCCGGGGAUGGAGUGGGCGGCGAUGGCGGAGAAGCAGAACCCGGUGGACUACGGCGUCCAGAUUCGCUUCAUCAACGACCUGCAGGAGCCCCGCAGGCCCCCCAGGACGCGCACCAAGCCUGGCUCCUACGGGGUGGCCGUCAGGGUGCAGGGCAUCGCCGGGCAGCCCUUCGUGGUCCUCAACAGCGGCGAGAAGGGUGGCGACUCCUUCGGGGUGCAGAUCAAGAGCGACGGCUCCUACCCGACCUCCACCGCCGGCCCCCGACCCUCCGGCUCCGUCAGCUCUGACUCGGACCUGCCGGAGAACCCCUACGGGGGUCGGCAGCCGCCGCACGGCUCGGCCCACAGCACCUCGGACGAGGAGCCCGGCGGCGCCCUGCCGGCAUCCCCCCGCGAAGCCAAAGCUCCGGUGGGCGAGGAGCUGCGGAGGACGCAGUCCCACGGGGACCUGCUCAGCGCCGCCGCGGACCAGCCCUUUGCCGCCGGCGCUCGUCGGGCCGGGGGCGGGCGACAGCAGCGGGUCCUGGCCGGCAGCAAGAGCAGCAGCUUGGUGAACAUCGCUCCGCGGCCCAGCCUGGGGGCCAAGGACCCCUCCUCGGGCGCUGAGGCCGCGGUGGGUGCUGCCGGUGACGGCGACGUGGACACCAAACCCCUGUCCUCGGUGGAUUCUCUCAUCAGCAAGUUCGACGGCAAGGUCCAGCAGCGGGGGCGGGCGGCCAGGAGGGGCCGGAUCCCCUCGGAGGAGAGGAAACGCUCGCAGAGCCUGGACGGCCGCGUCCCCCACCGCGACCUGCCCGCUGCCCACCGCCAGCCUGGCAACCUUCGCCCCCAGCCCCUGGGGCCCAGCAGUGCUGGCACCAAGCCCUCGGUGCCUGACGGCAGCCUGAGCCGGGCCGGAGGGCUGGAGGAUGUGGGGACGAGGAGCCAGAGGGGGGUGGAGGAUCCCGCGGCCGAGCGGCUGCAGAGCAAAGCCAGGGCAGAGUUGCAGCUCAAAUCCACCCCGGACCUGCUGCGGGACCAGCAGGAGGUGACCCAGCCCGGCAGCACCGAGCACCCCAAGGAGCUCAUCUACAGCAUCCUGAAGGAGGGGAGCAGCGAGAGCGAAAUGUCCCUGCAGAGGAAAACUGCUCAGCUGCUGGAGAGGACACAGGAGCUGGUGGUGCCCCCCAAGGACAUGGCAUGUUCCCAGCCCCAGCACAGGGACCUGGCCAGGAAGGUGGAGGAGCUGCAGGAGAAGCUUGAUGAGGAAAUCAAGCUCCGCCAGAAGCUGGAGCUGCCCAGGGAGCAGACAAGGAAGCUGAGAGAGGCCGAAGAGGAGAGCCAGAGGCUGAGGGGGGCCCUGGAGAGGAAAACGCAGGAGCUGCAGAGGAGCUUGCAGGAGCUGAGCGAGGUGAGGACAUCCAAGGCGAAGGUGGAGGCCAGGCUGGGGGACUGCGAGGAGCAGCUUCUGGCCUCGCACCAGGAGCUCCAGCGCCUGCAGCACGGCUCCAGCGCCGCCCCGGACAGCGAAGCUCUCUACAAGGAGCUGCUGGAGACCAGGGAGGAGCUGGAGGAGGCCCUGAGCUCCAGGCAGCGUCAGGAGGAGCAGCUGCGGCUGCGGGAGAGGGAGCUGACGGCGCUGAAGGGAGCCCUCAAGGAGGAGGUGGCAAACCACGACAAGGAGCUGGAGCGGCUCAGGCAGCAGUGCCAGAGCGACAUGGAGCAGCUGCGGCGCAGCAUGGAGGGCAUCUGCAAGGACCAGGCCAACCUGGAGUCAGAGAAGCAGAAGAUGAGCAGCAUGGUGAGGAACCUGCAGCGGGAGCUGGAGGAGAGCGCGGAGGAGACAGGGCACUGGAGGGACAUGUUCCAGAGGAACAAGGAGGAGCUCCGCAGCACCAAGCAGGAGUUGCUGCAGGUGAAGCUGGAGCGGGAGGAGUUUGAGGAGGAGCUGCGGGAGCUGCGCGAACGGUUCGCGGCCGCCCGGGAGGAGGUGGAGCAGGCUCGGAGCAGCUCCGCGGACCCCUGCGAGCUGGAGGCGCUCAGGAAGGAGCUGCGGCAGGCGCGGGAGGCGCAGCAGGAGCUGGCGGCCGAGGGGCAGCGGCAGGAGGAGCUGCUGCGGCAGCGGCAGCAGGAGCUGGAGUCGCUGAGGGGCUCCAUGGAGGAGCAGAGCUCCAGCAGGCACGGGGAGCUGGAGCGCUACCGCCGGGACCUGCAGCAGCUCCGGGACGAGAGGGACGAGGCCACCAAGGCGAAGGAGACCCUGGAGAGCGCUCGGGAGGCGGCGGAGCAGGCGAGGAGGACGGUGGAGGGCAGCCUGAGGGAGCUGCAGGAGCACAACGAUGAGCUGAGGAGGAAGGUCCUGGGCAUGGAGACUCACCUGAAGGAGUACGAACGGCUGGGAGAGAACUGGGAGGGCUCCCAGGCACGGCUGAAGGAGAAGGUCACCAGGCUGGAGGCAGAGCGCAGGCAGAUGGAGGAGUCCCUGGGCGAAGCUUCGGAGCGGGAGCAGGAGCUGCUGCUGGCCAAGAGGUCCUUGGAGACUCAGCUGGAGGAGGCCCAGCGAGGCCUGGCACGGCUGAGCCAGGCCCAGCAGGAGCUGGGCACAGCCCUGCAGGAGGAGCAGCGGCAGAAGGAGCAGCUGCGGCGCACCAAGGGCGAGCUGGAGGAGCAGAAGCGGCUCCUGGACCGCACCACCGAGAAGCUCACCAAGGAGCUGGAGCAGAUGACAGAGGAGUCGCAGAGCUCCCUGGCAGAGCUGAGGGCACAGCUGGAGGAGUUCAGGGAGAAGUCUCGGAAGGAGCUCUCAGACUCCCAGAGGCAGAGCAAGGAGCGAGGGGCAGAGGUGGAGAGGAUGCAGCUCAGCCUGGGCCGGCUGCAGGACGAGGUGGCACGGCUGAAGCAGGCCCUGCAGGAGAGCCAGGCAGAGCAGGAGAGUGCCCAGCUGGACAGGGAGGUGCUGCUGCAGCGCCUGCACAGCCUGCAGCAGGAGCUGGACACCAAGAGGCGCUCCCAGGACGACCGCUCCAGGAACAUCAAGGCGCUGGAGGACAAGUCCAAGCUCCUGGAGGUGGAGCUGGAGGAGGAGAGGACCACGGUGGAGCUGCUGACAGAGAGGGUCAACAGGAGCAGGGACCAGAUCGACCAGCUGCGGGCAGAGCUGCUGCAGGAACGCUCCAGCAGGCAGGACCUGGAGUGUGACAAAAUCUCCCUGGAGCGCCAGAACAAGGAGCUGAGGAACCGCUUGGCCAGCUCCGAGGGGCUGCACAAACCCAGCAGCAGCAUCCCCCAGCUGGAGGCACGACUGGAGGAGCUGCAGGACAGGCUGCAGGCAGAGGAGAGGGAGAAGAGUGUCCUGCAGUCCUCCAACCGCAAGCUGGAGAGGAAGGUGAAGGAGCUGAGCAUCCAGAUCGAGGACGAGAGGCAGCAAGUCAGCGACCAGAAGGACCAGCUGAGCCUGAAGGUGAAGGCUCUCAAGCGCCAGGUGGACGAGGCCGAGGAGGAGAUCGAGCGGCUGGAAGGUGCCCGCAAGAAGGCCCAGAGGGAGCUGGAGGAGCAGCAGGAGCUCAACGAGCAGCUGCAGAGCCGCCUCAAGGCGCUGGAGAAGGAAGCUUGGCGCAAAGCCAGCAGCCGCUCCGCCGCCGACUCCUCGCUGCAGGACGAUCCCCUGAGCUCGGACGAUGAAGACUUCGACAGCGCCUACGGCCCCUCCUCCAUCGCCUCUCUGCUCAACGAGGCCAACCUGCAGACCAGCUCCUGCUGACCCCUGCCCGCCGCAGCCCACCCCCGGCCCCGGCUGCGCCCCCGGACCCUCAGCUCGGUAGGCGACCACCGGCGGCGGUGGCAGCUGCUGGAAGGCAAAAACCUCUUCUGCCAGCCGCCGGCGGUGCCAUGAGGACCUCCAGCCGGGCACCGUCUCGGCUCUUCGCCGUCCCGCGGCUCUCGGAGCGCCCUGGCACCGGCGCUGCUCGGCCGGGGGCAGCCUCUCGCCGCAGCUGCUGCUCCUGGCCCAGCCCUGGGUCCUGCACUCCCCUGGAGCCCCAAGUCCCGUGGGGACAUCCGGAGGGGUCCCCAUGGCUCUGCCCCCUCCUCCUCGGUCUCUUUUUCUAUGCCCCCUCCCCGAAGUGCUGUUCGCAAUAAACCCUGGCGGUUUAACUGCAGCCCGCGGCCGGGGGCACAGCCUGCCUGGCACCUGGGGCUUGGUGGCACCAAGCACGGGGUAAGGCAGCUCCUGCCCCGCUCGGCUGGAUCUGGCCUGCAGAUAAA